AUGCGUCCCUCUCAAGCCGCUAAUAGGGACCACGAGUUGAUUAAAUAUCUCCAGCUCCUGCCUGUGACCAGUUCGGACGGCCAGUCUCAACGCACCAAUGCAGCUCCUUUUUCCUUCAGACUGCGAGAGCGCUCUACUCUACGCGAUGCUCUUGUCACGCAUGUGGAGCUUCUACGUCUCCGCCUGCCCGUCCAAGGAGCUUUCGUGGUGUUAACAGACGGUAUUACGCCCUAUUUCCUCGCCGGCACUCCCAGGCCUCAAUCAAGCGAGGAAGCCGGGUCUCGCGUCGAAAACGCCAGCUGGUUAGGGGCUGCUAAUGCCGACCUGCAACAUUGGCUUUGGAUCUUCCAGCAAACAAUUUCUGUCAAUACGUCUCCGGCGCCACCAAAUGAAAAAAUCUUCAGUAUACUCUCUUUGAAUGAAGAUGACCGGUCGUCCAAACUCUCAUCUGUAUGCCGCGCUCCGCAUCUGUCCUUCUACGCAGGGACGCCCAUCACUUCUGAACAAGGCACAACCAUUGGGGCCGUCUUUGUUGUUGACAAUUCCGCGCGAAAGGGGUUUUCUGACAAGGAUGGAGAACUCUUAACGGUCACCGCGGAGAAAUGCAUGGCUCAGCUUGAAUCUGCACGCGAGACUGCAGUCCAAGAGAGAUGGAAGAGGAUGAAUGAUCAGCUUUGUCGGUUCGUUGGGUCUCGUGCAAUUAGGGAUCAGCAGCUGGAAGAGCCUCCUUCCCUAGGAAGGAUAGAUCAACAACGACGCAGGAAGAUGCAGAUUGAAGAAGUGCAGGCUCUGGCACUCCGACAUGGCCAGGACCCUUCAAAAGCAGAAAAUGUUGCAUUGCCGGAAAAUGGCUUCAGCAUGGGCGCUGAAUCUAAUCGACUCAUACAUGCUGAAAUCGAGACAGCCCAACGCGUCGUGAAGGAGGAUGAGAUACAUGAAGCACGAGCUAUUACCGCUCAAGCUAAUGAGGACAGUAAGCGUAGCAACGGCCAGGGUGAAACUACUUACCGGAAAAUCUUCAGAAGAGCUGCGGAAUGCUUGCAAGAAGCCUUGCAAGUUGAUGGAGUGCUGUUCACUGAUGGCCUAGUUGGCUACCAUGGUGUCGUCCAACCUAUGGUGGAAGUAGAAGAAGAACUGGAACGCGAGAUGGUACAAAGGCCACGGAGGGAGCGCUUUCCCGAAGAAAGCAUCGGUGAUGAUCCUUUCUUUCCCGAGUACGGCAGACCACCACCUGAUGCUCCGCUACGCCAGCAAGGUAACAGUGGCGGAGUACAAGGCGCAACUACAAGAACGUAUACGAGCCCGGAAUAUCUGAGAGGUAUCUACGUCGAGCGUCCCGCUGAGAUCCUUGGCAUGUCUACGCGUAACUCAGGCUUGGCUCCCGAGCGUAAAUUCCUAAACGAAACUACGUUAGGACAAGUUAAACUAGACGAAGGCCACCUACAACUGCUGAUGGAUAGCUGUCCCGACGGCAACGUGUGGUAUUUCCACGAUACUACGGAUAUUUGCUAUCUGCUAAGGAACGAUAUUCUAGUUGAGAACGAAUCACUGGAAGAGACACAGCAUCUCAUUUCGAACUUCCCAGGCGUGCGCCAAAUAAUAUUCCAUCCUCUGACGGAUCCUGUAAGCCUUAAGCGCCUUGCUGGAUGUCUCGCAUGGUCCACGCGAUCGUUGCCUGUGUUAUCAGAUACUACGGAUCUUCCCUCUCUUCGUGGCUUUUUGCAUGUCCUUGAGUCCGAAAUAUCCAGAAUCGACGCAUCAGCAGCUGUUAAGCAAAAGGAAGCUUUUAUCUCCUCGAUUAGUCAUGAAUUGAGAACUCCACUUCAUGGCAUCCUCGGCUCCAUACAGCUCCUUGCGGAUACGGAUUUAGACCCUUUUCAGACGGGUUUGGCCGACACAAUAAAUUCGUCUGGCUCGGCGCUUAACGAAACGCUUACCAGUGUUCUAUCGUAUGCAAGAAUCAAUCAGUUUGAGCGACAACAACACAAAUACCGGCAGAGGCGGCCUCCUGACGAAGAUUGGUCCCUUCCAAACAAGAUGCACCUUCCUCCAGGUCCAGAGACGGAUUUCAAGGGCUUAUACGUAUGCACGAACAUUGCCUUGCUGUGUGAGAACAUUGCCAGCGUGUUGGAGGCCGGACAGUCGUACGACAGGCCAGCAGACCAGCGCGACGUUACUGUCGUCGUCGAAAUUGAUUACGAAGAGAACUGGAAUUACUUCACCGAACCUGGGGCCCUGCGCCGAAUUGCAAUGAAUAUCAUUGGUAAUGCGUUGAAGUAUACUAUGGAAGGUUCGGUAAUUAUCACACUCGCCGCAUCAAAAACUGCUACGGGCGACACUAAGAUAGGUGGCGAUAAUAGUUCACGGCGGACGAUUACUCUUACCGUCAAAGACACUGGGAAAGGAAUAUCGAAGGACUUCAUGGAGAACCAUCUCUUUGUCCCCUUUACCCAGGAAGACACGACGUCAUCACAUGGUGUCGGGCUCGGAAUGUCCAUCGUGAAGAGUUUGGUGUCGUUGCUCGCCGGUGAGAUCAUAGUGGACAGCGAGCCAGGGAAGGGAUCCAAGGUCACAGUCAUGGUGCCGAUGAGACUCUGCGAUUCCAAUCAAGACGAAAUGGGAAAGCCGGCGCUCGAAUUAGAACGAUGCACUGCAUUCCUCCGUGGGGAAUAUCUCUCUGUGUUGCUAUUCGGCUUUCCAAGCCUCGUUCGCCUAGCUGUUGAGAAAUAUCUCCGCGAGUGGUUUCACUGCAAUCUAUUGGUCAGCACUGAUACUGCAGAGCCGGAUGUGGUAUUGGUGGAGGAGGGCAAUGACGAGGUCGCUAGUGAUGUUGAAAGAACAGCGCAGCGUUAUGGUCGGUGCGGUGUCCUACUUAGUAUUGCAAUGAUCGCAGAUACACUAGCCAAGCCGAUGCGCCCAAUCAAAGGGUACAGGAAAUGGGAGCGGAUUCCACGUCCCAUAGGCCCUCACAACCUCGGAAAGGCACUUUCGGCAUGUGUCGUCAAGUUACGAGAGCUUCGCGGACAUAGAGGCAGCGGCGAGGGAGAUGAAAAUGAUCGUGGACAGUACAUCCAUGGCAAAGCCGAUCACCAGUCGCGAGACGACAAGCGAAGAGUUGAGGAAGGCACACCUAAUUCGUCAAGAAAACGAUCGCAGGCGUCUCCAGCCAUAUCGGACACAGCCAACAGCGAGAACGUCCCUUUACCGGUAAUGGAGAAUACGCUACACAGACAUACGGACACACCAAAUGAAACAGUUCUUCCAACUCGCUCUGGAAGCUUCGUUACUGGCUCCCAAAGUGAGAACCCGAGCAUGGAUCCGCUGAACCUCCGUAUUCUUGUCGUUGAGGACAAUGCGGUGAACAGAAGGCUUUUGGGGGCCUUUCUGAAGAAGUAUGGCUGUCGCCAUGUCCAAUACGCGGAGAAUGGUGCAUUAGCGGUCAAGAUGGUGGAGGGACGUUCGGAAGGCUUUGAUGUUAUUUUCAUGGAUCUUUCGAUGCCUGUUAUGAACGGCUUCACAGCUACGCGCGAGAUCCGUCGCAUAGAGCACGAACGAUUCUCCGCCCAACCAUCUUUUGAUCCCACAACCUCUGCCUACAUAGUCGCGUUGACCGGGUUAGCGAGCGACCGCGAUGAAGACGAAGCUCUCGCUGCUGGUGUGGACAAGUUCGUCACGAAGCCUGUGCAGUUUGACAAGCUUUCGAGGUUGUUGAAGCAGCGGGAAGAAGAAGUUUCAACAAGUGGACAAGGACAAUCGUCCUAA